CGGGUCACGUGGGCGGCGCGGGUGCGCGGGGCGGGUGCACGUCGCGAGCCGGAGGCCAGGCCUGAGCGGCGGGAGCCCAGCGGAGGGAAGGCCGAGGCCGCGGACCCCGCCGCGCCUCCCCAGCCGCCGCCAUGGGGAUCAAAUUUUUAGAAGUUAUCAAACCUUUCUGUGCAGUUCUACCAGAAAUUAAGAAGCCCGAAAGGAAAAUCCAGUUUAGGGAGAAGGUCCUGUGGACUGCUAUAACUCUCUUCAUUUUCUUAGUAUGUUGUCAGAUACCCCUGUUUGGAAUCAUGUCAUCAGAUUCUGCUGAUCCUUUCUACUGGAUGAGAGUGAUUCUUGCAUCCAACAGAGGAACUUUAAUGGAAUUGGGUAUCUCCCCAAUUGUAACAUCUGGUUUGAUUAUGCAGUUGUUAGCUGGAGCCAAAAUCAUUGAAGUUGGAGAUACACCCAAAGAUAGAGCUCUGUUCAAUGGGGCCCAGAAACUCUUUGGUAUGAUUAUUACCAUUGGGCAAGCCAUUGUGUAUGUCAUGACGGGCAUGUACGGGGACCCUGCCGAAAUGGGCGCUGGCAUCUGUUUCCUCAUCAUCAUCCAGUUGUUUGUUGCUGGUUUGAUUGUGCUGCUGUUAGAUGAGCUGCUACAGAAGGGUUACGGCUUGGGGUCUGGUAUAUCCCUCUUUAUUGCCACCAACAUCUGUGAGACCAUUGUCUGGAAGGCCUUUAGUCCCACCACCAUUAACACGGGCAGAGGUACCGAGUUUGAGGGGGCCGUUAUUGCCCUAUUCCAUUUACUGGCCACCAGGACAGACAAAGUCCGAGCUUUAAGGGAAGCUUUCUACCGCCAGAAUUUACCCAAUCUUAUGAACCUCAUUGCUACAGUUUUUGUGUUUGCUGUUGUUAUAUAUUUUCAGGGAUUUCGUGUGGAUUUGCCCAUUAAGUCGGCUCGGUACCGAGGACAGUACAGCAGCUACCCCAUCAAGCUCUUCUACACCUCCAACAUUCCCAUUAUUCUUCAGUCAGCCUUGGUGUCAAACCUCUAUGUUAUUUCCCAGAUGCUGUCUGUUCGAUUUAGUGGCAACUUCUUAGUAAAUUUAUUAGGACAGUGGGCUGAUGUCAGUGGGGGAGGACCUGCUCGUUCCUACCCUGUUGGAGGCCUUUGUUAUUAUCUUUCUCCUCCUGAGUCCAUGGGUGCCAUUUUUGAGGAUCCUGUCCAUGUAGUCGUUUAUAUCAUCUUCAUGCUGGGAUCAUGUGCAUUCUUUUCGAAGACAUGGAUAGAGGUGUCUGGUUCCUCGGCCAAAGAUGUAGCGAAACAGCUUAAAGAACAGCAAAUGGUAAUGAGGGGUCACAGAGAUACCUCUAUGGUUCAUGAGCUUAAUAGGUAUAUCCCCACAGCAGCUGCGUUUGGUGGUUUGUGCAUUGGCGCCCUGUCAGUGCUGGCAGACUUCCUGGGGGCCAUCGGAUCUGGCACUGGAAUUCUACUUGCCGUCACUAUUAUUUAUCAGUAUUUUGAAAUAUUUGUUAAGGAACAGGCUGAAGUUGGUGGGAUGGGUGCUUUGUUUUUCUAAAUGUUCAAGCGUUUCUUUUUGUGUGCGUGAAAGGGAAAAUAUUUUGACACACUGUUUUUGUCAGAUGAUGCUGGUUCCCCUUUCCUUCCCUCUCGGUUUGUUUCCAAGUGCUGACUGCCCAUUUCUGACUUGGGCCCCGAGCUAAGCCGUGCGCAGCAUUAGUACCCGCUGCCUUAAAACUCAAGUUUACAUCAUGCGUUCAAAGAUGUACAUCUAGUGUUGCCUGUAAUACUGGACAGCAGUGUCUCCCACUUGCUGUUACGUCCUGACCCCGAGAUGGCGACGUGGACUAGUUUUGCACACAUUUGACACUUAAUAGUCCCCCCACUUGUUUAAAAAUAAAUGUAGUUCAAAUUGCCACUUUCCAGUAUUUUUUGAGCUUAAUGAGUUCUAGAACAUUUAUAUCUAAUCUAUAUUUUAGAUAAUUCCUUUUUAUACUUUUUUAACUCAUAGUGUCACAUUCCCCUGCCCCCCAACCUACCCUUUAUUUGGCCCUUCUUAAAGCAGCCAUGUAGCCCCGAUGGGUGAAAUGACGUUUCGGAGUGAUGCCUGUCACUAGGAACAGCUGCUCAUAAUCAUGCGUCCUGCUUUUCCAGCCCUCCUUCCUUCCCAGUGACAGCAUAAUCGGUGCUGUUUUACUGUAUUGGCUAUGCCUUCUAAUUCCAACAAGUCACUUGAAAACACUCUUUCAAGAUACUAUGCCCCAAUUCUUUUUCUUUUUUUAUCCCUAAAGCAAAGAUCUAAUUCUCAAGCAAUGUCUGUAGUUCAGUGGGGGUGAACAAUGAGUAAUUCAUGCUAGGCAUCUGUGAUGUUGCUGUGCUUUACAGCAGCAACCUGAGUGUGAACAGUAGACAGUCAACUUCUAUUUAAUAAAACUGUUUCAGUUGUAUUGGAAAAAUAAAGAUAUCUAAUAUUAAA